CCGAUCGAUCCAGCUUUGUAUUAGUACAAGGUAGACCCGGCAAACUCUGUUUGACAAUGGGUUCCACGACCCUGCAUGAGUCCGCCCUGCAUCUCUUCAGACUAAUAUCGCCAACCGUCCCAGCUCGUCUCCCUCCUUUCUUUCCACCAUGUCACUCACUCAGUCACUCAUUCAUUUUCCUUAAUCCUUUGCUUCAACCAAACCGGUCAAUAUGGGGUCGGAACUCGGAGUCACGCCCGACUCGAAGCCGGAGCCUAUAUACAGUCCGGUAAGCAUCUGGUGGGCCACCUGGGCGGGCGUUUGGACAGUCCUCGUCGCCAGUGGCAUCGUCUAUCUCAUCGCUCGUCGGGACACUCCUAUUCUGCGCAUCCGUGGCCUCGGCCUAUCGCUUUCUGCUAUCGUUCUCCUUCAUUUGUAUUACGCCCCUGUCCAGUUCGGCACCAUGAUCGGCCCCAUCAUGCCGGGAGAUGCCCAGUUUUGGAUCAUGGGCACUUUUCUACCCUGCGGAAUCGCUCUCUUUCAUGCGUCCAACAGUCGUUUCCUUUAUGUCGCAAAGCUCCAGGAGAAAUACGUCUACAACGAUCUUCGACACAAUUUCCCUCCGAACCAAAGGAAAAGCGGGUUGAUCGGCCGCUUCAAGCGUCUCGAUUACAAUACCAGGAUCCUCGUUCUCGUUGGAAUCGGCAUGAUUGCCCAGAUCAUGCUCACUAUCAUCAUGUGGUUGAUUUCGCGCAAGUGGCAUCCCACUUGGGGAAUACCGGGCACAGAGGUUACCGGACCCAAGAUGGCCCAGUUAUCGGCGAUGGGCCGGGGUUGGGAGUGGUGGCCGAGUAUCCUGUGGCAACUGUUUUGGGCCUGGAUCUUUGCUCCUAUUGUUCUCUGGAAAUCGCGCAAUAUCCGCGAUACCCAUGGCUGGCGAGUUCAGACCAUCGGCUGUGCUAUAGCCAAUCUCCCCGGUGCUCCCCUCUGGCUCAUUUCCCUCUACGUUCCCGCAUUUGACAAAAUAAACCAAGUCUGGCUGCCUCCGCAGUGGGUUUGUCUUUCGAUCCUGGUCAUGGAAAUCUUCACCGUCUUCCUUCCCUGCUGGGAGGUGAUGCGCCACCAGGCGCUCCAGAAGGAAACCCUCGACGCCAUCGCGCAGUGGGAAGAGAAGAAUAAGAAAAACAGCUCAGCCAGCAAGUCUCUCGCCGAGACGGCCACUCUGGUCGAAUCCAUCAUGACCGGCGGCAAGUCCACCAACGGCUCCGUCCAGACCAACCACUCUCGCGACAGUAUCCUCACCAUGGGCGCUCUCGAGUAUGCCCUCGAGCGAGACCCAGCUCCUCUCCAACGAUUCUCCGCACUCAGUGACUUUUCCGGCGAGAAUAUCGCCUUUUUGACCACCGUCGCCGAAUGGAAAGACUCCUUCCCCAAGGCUAUCCGCGAGAACACCGCCCCUCGGGACAGCAACACCGAGGACCUGAUCCGCGAGCGAUUCAACCGCGCGUUGCGCAUCUAUGCCGAGUUCAUCAGUGUCACGCACGCCGAGUUCCCCAUCAACAUCUCGUCUCAGGAUCUCCGAAAGCUGCAAGACGUCUUUGAGCGGCCCGCUCGCAUCCUGUACGGCGACGAGCGCGAGGUCGAUCCCGCCACUCCCUUUGAUUCCUUCAAGCCACCCGCGUCGCCGACCUAUUCGAACAGCUCACAAAAGGAGCUGCAGAGCUCCGUGGGCGCCAUCCAUGACCGCGUGCAAUACUGGGGUGAUGUUCCCGAGUCGUUUGGGCCGAAUGUCUUUGACGAUGCACAGGAGAGCAUCAAGUACCUUGUUCUCACCAAUACGUGGCCCAAGUUCGUCAAGUCUCGUACGGCGUCGAUAGACUCGGAAAAAACGAUGCAUGGGAUGAAUGUUUGACUUUCUUCUUUACUUUCUUGACUUCUUAACCUUCUAUUUUACCUCCUUUUUACCUUCAACUUACCUUCAACUUACCUUCUUUGACCUUGUUUUGACCUUCUCUUUUCCAUUUUAUGUGUCAUUUUUAAUGAAAAGAUAUACCCUAUUGAUGGAUGGCAAGGCCUAUGUAUAUAUACCAACCGGUAAUGCGAUGAAUACUAAUCAACAAGUAAUAUUAGCC